CCCAUUUCCCGCGACAUACCUUGGAACAAGGCCGUCCUCCCGAACGUCCUAGCGCGCGACGAGGACGGCACCCUCUUUCCCGACGAGGUCAUCAACGAAGCCAUGAUGGCCAAUCCUGCCAUCCGCAGCCUCAACAUCACCCAGCGCGGCCGCUGGGUUCGCCCCGACGAGUCCAUUGGCUAUAGAUCAUCGAUAGUCUUCGCCUUCGAGGAUCCCGACGGAUCGGCCCUCAAGAACCUCCUCAAGGCCAAGAUCUUCAUGUUCGGUGCACCGGUCCAUGUCAAACGCUGGGUGGAG